AUGAAGGACUUUACUAUCCUCACCAUCUUUGUGGGCUUGGUGUGGGCUACACCCAUGCCAGAAGUACACAAUGAGGCUUCACAGGCUUUAUCUUCACGCCAGUCUACUAGUUUUUGGUACCCCAAUAUGGACCAUACUGGGCAGUUUCGUGGAUUUGCCCCUGACCUUGAUGGGGACUUCAACUACCCUGUUUUCAAAGCUGUAAACCCUGGUGACGGCGCUUCUAUCCAGGCCGCGAUCAACUCCGGAACAGGAAGUGCAACUAGGCACCCGAAAUGGCUUGCAUCUCAGCCAAGAGUCGUUUACAUCCCACCGGGUACCUAUACAAUAAGCAAGACAAUCUAUAUGAAUACAGACACUAUCCUCAUGGGUGAUGCAACAAAUCCUCCGAUCAUCAAAGCUGCGGCCGGGUUUUCCGGAGAGCAGACAUUGAUCAAUGGUCGAGACCCGGCAACGAAUGGCAAUGGUGAAGAGUCCUUUGCGGUUGGGCUGAAGAACCUGAUCCUCGACACUACUGCAAUCCCAGGAGGCAAGUUCACGCGCAACGACUUCAUUGCGCUCGGAUGGGGGGUUGCUCAGGUGGCACAGCUUCAGAACAUCAAGAUCACAAUGGCUUUCUCCGUCAAUGGCCGUGGACACACCGGCAUCCACCUCGAUCGCGGGUCAACCCUUGGCCUCGCCGAUGUCCGAAUUGAGCGCGGUCAGAACGGUAUCUGGCACGAUGGCCACCAGCAAGCGCUGUACAAGAGCAUUUACUUCUUCCAAAACACAGUGGGAAUCCUCAUUAGUGGUGGCAGCACGAUCAGCAUCAUCAACCCAACGUUUGAUACCUGCGGGACUGGCGUUCGCAACACUGGCGGGGCCCCCUGGAUUGCCCUGAUUGAUGCCAAAUCCGUCAACUCCGGUGUCACAUUUGUCACCACGGGCUUCCCAUCCUUCCUGAUCGAGAACCUCAGCAAGGACACCAACUCGGACAUUGCUCAAGUUCCCAGCGGCACCGUCCUUGGCCCCCAGAGCCAUGUCGACACCUUCUCAUACGCCAACACGGUCGGCCGCAACCCGAUCUACGGCCCCACGACUUCGACCAACUCCCGGCCCGCGGCGCUGGCACCAGGCGGUAGAUAUCCCGCCAUCCCGGCGCCCAACUACGCCACGAACCCAGUCUCGGACUUUAUCAACGUCAAGGACCCAGCCCAAAAUGGCGGGCACACCGUUUUGGGUGACCACACGAUCGACGAAGCAGGCGUCCUGAACCAAGUCCUGCAGUUCGCCGCCAGCAACAACAAGAUCGCCUACUUCCCUUUCGGCAAGUACCGCGUCGACUCGACCCUCCUCAUCCCGAAGGGAUCGCGUAUCGUUGGAGAGGCCUGGGCCACCAUCACCGGCAACGGUGCCUUCUUCAAGGACUCGUCCAACCCGAAGCCCGUCGUCGCCGUCGGCAACGCGGGUGACGUCGGCACUGCUCAGAUCCAGGAUAUGCGCUUCACCGUGUCCGACGUGCUGCCCGGCGCCAUUAUCGUGCAGGUCAACAUGGCCGGCUCCGCUCCGGGGCAGGUCGCCAUCUGGAACUCGCUCAUCACCGUCGGCGGCACGCGUGGUGCCUCGGCCCUGACCAACGCGUGCCGCAGCGGUACCAACGAGUGCCGCGCCGCCUUCAUCGGCCUGCACCUGGCGCCGAGCUCGUCGGCAUACGUCGAGAACCUAUGGAACUGGGUCGCUGAUCACAUCACUGAGCAGUUCGACGGCGGGAACAACAUCGCGGGCAAGGGCGGCGUGCUGGUCGAGGCGACCAAGGGUACUUGGCUGCACGCCCUCGGCAGCGAGCACUGGUGGCUGUACCAGCUGAACUUCCGGCGCGCGAGCAACGUGCUUGUUUCGCUGCUGCAGAGCGAGACGAACUACGACCAGGGUGAUCUGGUGCAGCAGACGCCGCCUGCUCCCUGGACGGCGGACGUGACAAAUUGGGGCGACCCGGACUUCUCGUGGUGCGGCGGAGGUGAUACUCGUUGCCGUAUGGGGUUCGCGAACUACAUCAAUGGCGGCUCCAAUAUCUACACUUACGCCUCGGCUUCCUGGGUGUUCUUCAAGGGCCAAGGGCAGCUUUGUACCGGGUCAUUUGAGUGCCAGAAUUUCAUGCACUGGAUUUCUCAGACACCGAGCAACCUGCAGGCAUUCGGUCUCUGCUCCAAGGAUACUUGGACAACGCUACGCCUGGCGGACGGGACGAACAUCGUCACGCAGAAUGGUUUCACGGGCUCCUGGUCUCCGAACGGUGGUGACGUUGGCCGGUAUACGCCUUAG